AUGAACAAAAAAUACUCACAUUUAUAGGGAUGGGAAGACUACUCUGUUUCUAAUACUCCAACAAAUCAACUCAAAUUUUUGAGUGAAUCACUUAACUAUGUUAAUACAGCACCAACUCAGAAUGAUUAUAAGUUACAUUAAUCAGUCUCUCCAAAAAAGCGUCGAAUUUUUUAAUGUUAUAUUAAAAAUUCAGUUGUCAUAGAUAAUGGUUAUGUAUUAUCCUAGAAAUAACAUUAUUUGCAAGGAAACUUUAUAAAGAAAGCUUAAUUCUCUCCUAAAAAACAACUAAAACAUAGCUAUAUUGGACCGAUUUUAUAAUAAAUAAAAAUCUAUGAAAAAAAUAAAUAAAUAGGUAAAAAUGAUUCUAUUAUCAAAUAAUUUACAAAAUGA